AUGCGCGCCGAUCCCGCGCACCUCCCCUCCACCUCCGGCCGCGCACGCGCGUGUGCCAAUCGCGCGCGAUCGCGAAUCACUCGAGCGCGCACGAUCGCCCGCGCCUCUGGCGACGACGUCGACGACGCCGCGCGCGCGCGCUUCGCCUCGGUCAACUUCCACGGCGUCUCUCCCGAGGACAAAGCCUCCGCGGCGCUGUGCGAUCUGUUGACCAUGUCCGCCGUCCGAGUGGUGAUCGACCAAAUGUCGGGCUCGCGACAUCGAAGCCCGAUGGCGCCGAAACUGAUUGAUUAUUUACAACAAAAGCCCCUCCGCGCCGGCGCGAGCGCGUGGCUCGCCGAGUUGAUGGCGCACGAGGAUUUGGACCACCGCGCGGUGGCGCUGCGAAUCAUAGAGACGCGGAAGGUUUUAGCGGCCACGCGCGAGGGAUUCGAUUACGAUUGGAUGCGAGAGGAGACCCUGGAGGGGUUGGCGCGCGAGAAUCUCGAGCUCAGUCGCGCGCUCGCCGGGUCGAGCUUCGGCGACGCGCCCGAGACGUGA